GACUCGAAACGCAAUCUCGGCGUUGGUUUUUGUAUUUGUAUUGUAAACAUAGAUUUGUUAUAAUAGUUUCAGUUUGCGCUAUGGAACACAAUCAUUUACAUGGUCACCAUUGUGAGUGUGGCCAAGAAACCAAAACUGAAAACUUGGCUGAACUAUAUAACUUGUAUUCCAAGAUCGACAUGGAAAAUCUGGAGUGUUUAAAUGAAGCUGUAGAAAAUUCUGCGAAAAGUGUUUUUCGGCCUUGGGACCAACGUCUCGAUAGCACGAAGUUUGUUGAAAGUGAUGCAGAUGAAGAGCUACUAUUCAACAUUCCAUUUACAGGUAAUGUGAAGUUGAAAGGAUUGAUCCUUAUAGGGGGAGAAGGAGGAACACACCCAUCAGUGGUGCGCUUAUUCAAGAAUCGACCUCAUAUGACUUUUGAUGAUGCAACAAGCCAACCAGAGCAAGAGUUAAAUCUUGUUGAAGACUUAGAAGGAACUGUAGAAUAUGCCACCAAGAUAGUGAAAUUUUCUUCUGUCUACCAUUUGACACUGCAUUUUCCAAAAAACUAUGGUUCUGACACAUCAAAAAUUCAAUUCAUUGGUCUCAAAGGAGAUUGGUCAGAAGGUCAUAGACAUGGUGUUACUCUAUGCACCUAUGAAGCCACCCCAUCAAUGGCGGACCACAAAGACAAAGUGUUAGAAACUACCAAUUUGAAUAUAUGAUUUCUCUAAUGGAGUUAAUGCCAACUUUCAAAAAUAAAAAAAUAAA